CCCAGGAAAGAUAGACCCCGGUGGUCUGUUGCUCCCAGUUAAUUCUCAUCUAAAACAUCCCCCCAGAAAGUAAAUCGCAACCAUGAGCAGGAAAUUCUUCGUCGGUGGAAACUGGAAGCUGAAUGGAGACAAGAAAAGUCUCGGCGAGCUCGCGCAGACCAUGAACGCAGCCAAGGUGGACCCCAAUGUCGAGGUGGUGUGUGGCGCUCCAUCGAUCUACCUGGACUUUGCCAGGUCCAAGCUGGACGCCAAGUUUGAGGUUGCUGCUCAGAACUGCUACAAAGUGGCCAAGGGGGCCUUCACUGGGGAGAUCAGCCCUGCGAUGAUCAAGGACUGCGGAGUGAACUGGGUGAUCCUCGGGCACUCCGAGAGGCGCCACGUCUUCGGAGAGAGCGACGAGCUCAUUGGUCAGAAGACAGCCCAUGCUCUGGAGAGUGGUCUCAGUGUCAUCGCCUGCAUCGGCGAGAAGUUGGACGAGAGAGAGGGCGGCAUGACUGAGAAGGUCGUCUUUGCUCAGACCAAGGUCAUCGCAGACAACGUGAAGGACUGGAGCAAGGUUGUGCUGGCGUACGAGCCCGUGUGGGCCAUCGGCACUGGCAAGACCGCUUCCCCCCAGCAGGCUCAAGAGGUUCAUGAUAAACUGAGGGGGUGGCUGAAGACCAACGUGUCUGAGGCUGUAGCCAACUCCGUGAGGAUCAUCUAUGGAGGCUCUGUGACCGGUGCUACCUGCAAAGAACUUGCCUCCCAGAAGGAUGUGGAUGGGUUCCUUGUCGGCGGAGCCUCCCUCAAGCCAGAGUUUAUUGAAAUCAUCAACGCCAAGGCAUAAAAACCUGGGAAGCUGCAACGUGACCGCGUCCAGAUCAGAGGCCAGAUCAUCAACACUUACUACUCUCCCCCUUUAUAUUAAAAAGUAUUUGUGUAACGGUGUCAUUCCCUUUUUCUCCUUUAUUUUGUUUUGAAAUAUAUUUUGUCAUGAAGAAAAGGGACAGGUUGACACAUGCACUGUACUGCACUGAACGGAGUUAAGUCCACUGACAAAAGUCUGUGUGCAAACUAACUUCACACCAAGUGCUCAAGCUAUAAAGACGUACAACUACAGUCCCCGCCUUUUACUUGACGAGUUUACCAACCUUUUUCUGUGUAAAUGGUGUCACAGCUUGUUGUUGAUCAGUUGUAUUUGUCUUUUUAAUAUAGAUGUCUCUUUUGUGUCAUUAUGAUGCUCUGGAUUUUACCCCCCUGUAGUCCAGCACGAUCCUCUAGUUCAUCGGCUGGUUUGCCGAGAGGGAACCGUCCAUUUCAUGUUCAUAUUGUGUCAUGGCUGAUGGGUAUAAGGAAACGUUAUAAUAAACCCUUCAGAGACCGA